ACAUAUUUUUUUGAUAUAAAGAGUGCAUUUUGAAAGUACAUAUUUCGAAUAUACAAAAAAUAGUUUACUUUUGUUGCCGCCCGCAAGGAUAAAGCCGCCUGUAAGAAAGUCACAGCUCAAACCACAGACCCAGACACAGUCAGACCAUGAGGAGCGUCCACUCUCUACUGUUGUUGUUGGCCUGCUCGGCCCUAGUGCUUGGCGGUCAGGCCAAAACGGUGUUCAGGCGAACGGAUAAAAUCUCAGAGAAUUUUAAACAGUUGGACCUGCCGCCAGAGGAGAUUGAUCCAAAUGUGGCGCCAGAGCCAAUGAAGGUGCAAACCAUAGAUGCGGAGGAUGUGAUCUCAACAUCGGCUCAAACCGAGGAACUGGACAACAGUGCCGCCGCCAUCUCAGCCGCUCCUGCCUCCACCAAUGAGUUGGGCAUCGAUGAGAGCGCCAAUGAGAUACCCAGUGCCGAAUCUGCCGCUCCAGCUGAGGUUCCCGCUGCAACAGCUGCUGCUGCAGCUAAUGCCGCCAAUGAGGCCAAUGCUGCCGAUGUGGCUCCAGCUGCCGCCGCAGCUGCUGCCACUGUCGCCACCACCGUGGCGCCCAAGCCCACAAAACAGCCCGCCAAGCCAUCCAGCGAGGAUAGCCAGAAUGGCAUCAGCCGCUACUGCAAGUGUUCAGAGUCGCACUGCGAUUGCUGCCGCAAGUUCGGUCUUCCGCUAAUUCCAAGCGGUCCCGGCUGCGCCAAGAUCUCAUAUUUGGGCAACGACGAGAUGUCCGUUUCCAUUAAGUAUGGUGAUCUGACACUAGCAUCUCGUCGCAUUUCCGCGAAGAAAGCGCGUCCCAUUUGCGUAGGUCUGCCCGGCGGCUACUCCAAGUUCUGUGGCCGCGUCUAUGGCCUUUCGCGUGCCAAGGAGAACUUCAAGGCGUGCCUGGCCUUCGAGCUGCGCGCUGAUGACGAAGUGGAAGCGGCGCUUCGUGUCUCCUGCUUCAAGUUCGGACCUGAGGGCUUGCGCGUAGCUGAGGCCGAGCCCCUGCCCACGGAAGUGAACAAGGAAGAGGAUGACGACGAUGAUGAUAUCUUUGGCUUUGCCGGCGGCGGUGAUGACGACGAGGACGAAGAGGACUAUGACGAUGCCGAAGAGCCGGAGGAAUCAGACGACGAUGAUGCCGACGACUACACCGAGGACGAUGAUGCCGAAGCGCCCGGCGAUGCGGACUAUGGCGGUUUCAGUCUGGGCGGUCUGCUCGACGAGCUGGACGAUGAUGAGGAUGAGAAGCCAAGCAAGAAGCCAGCAGCAUCAGCAGUUGCCGCAGUGGUGCCAGCCGCUGACCAGACUCGGGAGAAUGUAGAUCAGAAAUCUGUGGAGCUGGCGCAAAGCAAGGAUGAGGCGGGCACGGCUGCGGCACCCGCUGCAGCAGAAGCAGUGGCAGCGGCAGCGUCUGCAGCUGGCAGCGAAGCUGCUCAGUCGGCGGCAGCUGUGGAGGAAGCUGUGAGCGCAGUUACUGCUGCUCCUGCAGCGGCCGUAGAGGCCACCACAGCCAAGUCGAAGAAGUCGAAGAAGGCGAAAAAGAACAAGAAGAAGAAGGCCGCCGCAGAGGCGAGCGAGGGAGACUUUGCCUACGAGCUGCUCAAUGGGAUUCUGGAUUUUUUCAACUGA